UCCCAGUAGGCUACAGCUUCAACCAAAGUGCGCUCAAACAAGCGUUUCUAUUCUUCUCAGCGCCCGCGGAUGACAGGAAAAAGGCGAAAAGGGGAAGUGAGGAGCAAGUUUACCUGUGAGAGGAUUUCAUCCUGAGACUACAGCACCUUUUCAUCCCUCUCUCCGUUUCUUUCACUCUUUAUCUGUCGCUUCCUCGGAGGGUUUAGCUGCGCGCGGGCCAGCCUGAAUGUUUCUGUGUGUUUGACUGAGAAGUGUUGUUCUACCAAGACAAGGUGAAUGUACAGCAUCAUGAUGGAAACGGACUUACAUUCCCCCGUGGUGCCCCAAACCAACCCAUCCAACCCGGGGGGACACGCGGGAGGAGGAGGCGGCGGCAAAAUCCCCCAGGAGAGAAUCAAGAGACCCAUGAACGCCUUCAUGGUCUGGUCCCGGGGCCAGAGGCGGAAAAUGGCACAGGAGAACCCCAAGAUGCACAACUCUGAGAUCAGCAAGCGGCUGGGGGCAGAGUGGAAGGUGAUGACCGAGGCGGAGAAGAGACCGUUCAUCGACGAGGCGAAGCGGCUCCGGGCCAUGCACAUGAAGGAACACCCGGACUACAAGUACCGGCCGCGGAGGAAGACCAAGACGCUGCUGAAGAAGGACAAGUACUCGCUGGCCGGCGGGCUCCUCGGCUCCUCUGCGGGUGUAGGGAUGGGCGGCGGGCAGCGGCUCGAGAGCCCCGGAGGGGGCCACGCAGGGGCGAACGCGGGCUACGCCACGCACGUGAACGGCUGGGCAAACGGCACCUACUCGGGCCAGGUGGCGGCUGCGGCGGCGGCGGCUCACGCCAUGAUGCAAGAGGCGCAGCUGGCAUACACGCAACACCCGGGCACCGGGGCUCACCCGCACCACCCGCAUCCGCACCAUCACCCGCAUCACCACCCGCACAACCCGCAGCCCGUGCACAGGUACGACAUGAGCGCCUUAUCUUACAGCCCCAUCUCAAACUCUCAGAGCUACAUGAGCGCCUCUCCGCCGGGCUACGGCGGGAUCACCGGCUACACUCACCAGCACCAAAGCUCCGGUGUCUCCCCGGUGUCUGGAGCAAUCGGAGGGACUUUGGGGUCCCUUGUGAAAUCUGAGCCUAGCGUGAGCCCCCCGGUCUCAACGGCGCGCGCACCGCCGUGCCCUACGGGGGACCUGCGGGACAUGAUCAGCAUGUAUUUGCCGACCGGAGAGGCAGCGGGGGACUCCUCCGUUCAGAGCAGACUGCAUGUGCUCCACCCGCAGCACUACCAGAGCAGCGGCUCCACUCCGGUAAACGGGACGGUUCCUCUGACUCAUAUUUAAAUCUCUAAAUGUACGAUAAGCACUACAAACCACAACCAAAUAUUUAAACUCUUAGAUGUGGGCGCAGGCUGCUGAUGAAAUGUAAAUUAUAGGCGGUUAUAGCCAUAAAAAUGCAAUCACUUUGAACAAACUUUUUUUAUUGUUAUUAUUAUUUUUAUUUUCUUUCAGUGAUGGAUUUUUUUUGUCUGUCCGAGCUAAAGGAAAAGCGCAUUUGAUUUACUUUUGCUCUCAGGAACAGAGCAUGCCAAGUUUUGACACGAUUUAAAUUAUAAUCCGUGAAGGCUGGUGCAUUUUGAAGGGUUUUUUUUCCGACUUUUCUGUGGAAUUAAAGGCACCAGCUGUGUGUUUGAGGCAUCCUGAAAAAGCUGUUUUAAGAGGGAGCCGUAUAAUAAAUGGAGGGCGGUGUGGAAGAUGUGUUUUAAAUAAUAAAAAAAAAAGUUUCUAGGCUGCAAUUUAAAUUGAUUUCCAGUUUUAAUGCUUGUAAACAUGUGAGUCAGUCGGUGUAAUUUGAAUUUGUUUUUGUUGUUGUAAAAUCUUGUAAAUUGUG